AAUUAAAUUAAUAAAUAUUAAAUAACUGUAAAUAAACCUAUGACUGAGUGCGCAAUUUGAGACCGUCAACCUAAAAAAAGGAGUUAAACUCAAUUUAGACAACGUAAAUUGCCCUUAGGAUAGAGCGCCGCCGCCAGCUAACGAUCUCCGUGCAGAUAACGGACCGCUCAUUUGCAUACGACGCAAGGGGAACGUAAAGGGAGGCAGGCUGGCUGCCACCUCAAAAGAGCCUGCGCUCCCCAGCCGUCCCACGGAGGGACGGACGUAUACAGAGCAAGAGGUCGCUCCUCUCCGGAUCUUCCAAGCUUCAGAGUCACAGCCACUGUUAUCUUCACCGUUUUUAUGUUUAUUUCCAAAGGAGUGAACUUAAGCAUCCUUCAUUUAUGUGCUUAGCAACGGGAUCAUUCGUUUUUAUCCAACGGCUUGCAGACAUUGUGGUUAUUAAGUGGUUCAGAAAACGUCAGAAGAUGAGGAUCAAGCGCGACCGCUGGAGGAUGUACAAGGGUGUGAGCGUCAUGUUCUUCCUGGCCGUGGUGGCGCUGACCGUGGUCCAGAGGGGCACCAUCAGUGGCGGGGAGCCCUUCCAGCUGGAGAGGAGGCAGGCCCGGCCGGACGUCGGCGCCGCCGCCGCCGCGGGCCCACCCCGGGGCUCCUCCCAGGGCAUGAACAGCUUCUGGAAGGCCCACCGGCAAGAGCCGUCGCCUGAGCCCCCGCCCACCCCCGCCGCCCCCGAGGAGCCUCUCCUCCCCCAGGGUCAGAGCCCCGCCACCUGGGACGUCACCGCCUCCAACUGCACCCCCAACCACAACAUCUCCGGCCAGGACUGGUUCAAGGGCCUGCAGGGGAACUUCCAGGAGUUCCUCACGUACCGCCACUGCCGCUACUUCCCGAUGCUCAUCAACCACCCGGAGAAGUGCAGCGGGCGCACCCACCUGCUGAUGGUGGUGAAGUCGGUGGUCACGCAGCACGACCGCCGCGAGGUCAUCCGCAGGACGUGGGGCAAGGAGCGGGCGGUGCGGGGCAAGCGGGUGAAGACCCUGUUCCUCCUGGGGAAGCCCUCCAACGAGGAGGAGCGCGCCAACCACCAGAAGCUGCUGGAGUUCGAGGACUACAUCUACGGGGACAUCCUCCAGUGGGACUUCCUGGACAGCUUCUUCAACCUGACGCUGAAGGAGACCCACUUCCUCAAGUGGUUCGACACGUACUGCGGCCAGGUGCGCUACAUCUUCAAGGGGGACGACGACGUGUUUGUGAGCGUGGACAACAUCCUGGAGUACCUGGAGGGCAGCGGGCACGCCAAGGGGCUGCUGGUGGGCGACGUGCUGUUCAAGGCCAAGCCCAUCCGGAGGAAGAGCAACAAGUACUACAUCCCCGAGGCGCUGUACAACAAGACCUUCUACCCGCCGUACGCCGGCGGCGGGGGCUUUGUGAUGGACGGCCCCCUGGUGAGAAGGCUCCACUGGGCCUCGGAGACCCUGGAGCUGUUCCCCAUCGACGACGUCUUCCUGGGCAUGUGCCUGGAGGUGCUGCAGGUGACGCCCGUCAAGCACGACGCCUUCAAGACGUUCGGCCUGGUGAAAAACAAGACCAGCAAGCUGAACAAAGAGCCCUGUUUCUUUAAGGGCAUGAUCGUGGUGCACAAGCUGCUGCCAGCAGAGCUGCUGCGCAUGUGGAAUUUGGUCAACAGUGACCUGGUCUGCUCGCGGAAAGUGGGGAUCUUAUAGCCAGCGGGAAGGGCUCCGAGAGACGGAGCGAGACGAGACUUGAACCGGGACCCGGGAGGAGGAGGUGAUGAGGGAUGGAGAGAGGAUGCAAAUGUUACUCUUCAGUUUCCUGGAAAGAAAGAACAUUUUUGAGAACAUGAAAGUGCAUCUUAGUUGUUGUGAUCUAGUGGCAUCCACUGCAUUCAGAGUAAAUAAUAAUAAUGUUGAUAAUAACAAUAUUGAGUUUUGUAAAUAUACAUAUAUAUCUUUUUUUUUUGCAUUUCUUUUUGCAUUUUUUUGAAGGACUCUGAAAACGUUUUCCUGAGGCAAAACGUUGUACCAGGACCACUCUCUGUGGAUUAUUGACACAAAACCCUCCUUCUAAGCUGCUCCACAAGAUGUUGGGACUUUUGCAGCGCCUUGCACAUAGCCUUGAAUUCAGACUCGACUCUCACCGGUGAAGGGAAAUGGCCUCGGUUGCAAAAGAAGAAAAUCAUUACCGUCUCUCUACCUACCUCGUGUUUCUACCAGUCUUGGGUUUUGGAAGUGGAGACCUGGUAAACAUUAACACACUAUACAAUUCGGUCAGAUACACACUCUUCACAUUCACACUAUGUAAUCAAGGUUAUAGUGAUUUUAUUUCUGUUGGUCAUCAUUGCACUUCUUUUAACCUUAAGAAAUACGACUUGAUAUUGACAUUGAGUGACAGACGUUGGAUUUAUGUUCAAAUGUGUUUGCUGUCCACAGAUUUGUAUUUUUUUGCUGAUAUACUUGACAUGAAACUAGGAAUAGGGUUGACAAUGAAACUGUGAAUUAAAAACUACUGCUGGUACUUUUUGGAUGACUUGCUAAUUUAAACAACCCCUAGUAAUGGAACAGGGUGGUUGCGGGGGGGGGGUUAAUAUUUAAUUUAAUGUGGGCAACGGAACUGAUGCAGUCUUCAGUGAUUAGAGUCAAGCGUUUAGGGGGGGGGAUGAGUAGACUGAACAAUGUAAAUACGGUAAAAGGAGAAUCAAACUGUACAAAGAAUCCUGUUUGUAAAUAAACCUUCAAAAAUCA